AUGUUUUCCCAGGCUUUCCUUCCAUUACUACUUGCCCCCUUGAUUGUGGCGUCACCCACACAAUUGGGCCGCCGGCAAUACAUCUCCGCCAAUGACCUGACCUCGGGGAACUGCAAAGAUGUUAUGUUUCUGUUUGCUCGAGGGUCGACAGAAGUUGGUAAUAUGGGCACUGUUGUCGGGCCUGACGUGUGUGAUGAUUUAGCUCUCCAACUGGGAGGCAAUGUGGGCUGUCAAGGUAUUGGGGGUGCCUAUACAGCCGGCCUGGCAGAGAACCUCCUCCCCCAGAACACAGCGCCUCAAGAUAUUCAAACUGCAGUGGACAUGUUCAAUGAGUGCAAUACUAAAUGCCCCAACGCCAAAAUUGUCGCUGGUGGAUACAGCCAGGGAAGUGCCGUCAUUGAUAAUGCAAUUCAAAAGCUAUCUACGGGAGUGAAAGAUAAAGUCAAGGCAGUGGUCCUCUUUGGAUUCACUCGCAAUCUCCAGGAUGCUGGUAGAAUCCCCGGAUACCCGAAGGAUCAAACUAAAGUUUAUUGUGCAGUAGGCGAUUUAGUCUGUGAUGGAACUUUGUUUAUCACUGCUGCCCAUUUGACUUAUGGUGCAAAUGCCGGUGAUGCUGCAAGCUUCCUCGCCUCUCACGUGAAAUGA